AUUACACAUCAUUAUAUGGUAAUGUGAGUGCAGAGAUAAAUGUGAUUGGCCGUUUGUCUAAAUAGAGAACUACAGUCAGAGUUGCUGAGUUCAGUCUAUAGUUCGAAAGCUUAUAGUGCUUUAACCAGUAACCUUCGUCCAUUCAGCACACAUAAACUUAAUUACAGUUUUUUUUUUUUUAACCUCAGGAUUCAAUAACUUACAUACUAGUUCAGAUUAACACUGAACACCAACGAGAAUGGGAGAUUGGGGGUUUCUCUCGACUUUGCUGGACAAGGUGCAGUCCCACUCUACCGUGAUUGGCAAGAUAUGGAUGAGCGUCCUGUUCAUCUUCAGGAUCCUCGUCCUGGGAGCAGGAGUUGAGAACGUGUGGGGAGACGAGCGGUCAGACAUGGUGUGUAACACCCAGACGCCUGGCUGCGAAAACGUCUGCUAUGACUGGAAGUUUCCCAUCUCCCACGUUCGUUUCUGGGUCAUGCAGAUCAUCUUUGUGUCCACUCCAACUCUGUUGUACCUGGGCCACGCCAUCCAUGUCAUUCACCAAGAGAACAAGCUCAGGGAGAUGCAGAAAAACAAACAGCUGGUGAAGUCACCAAAAUACACAGAUGAAAAUGGCAAAGUCCAAAUCAAGGGGAGGCUUUUGGGUAGCUACCUGACUCAACUGUUUUUCAAAAUCAUCCUGGAGCUGGCUUUCAUUGUUGGACAGUAUUAUCUGUAUGGGUUUGUGAUGGUUCCCGAAUUCCAUUGUGACCAAUCACCCUGUCGAUUGAAGACAGAGUGCUUCAUGUCCAGGCCCACAGAGAAGACCAUCUUCAUUAUCUUCAUGCUGGCGGUCGCAUGUGUAUCUCUGGCCUUGAACGUCCUAGAGGUGUGCUAUUUGCUUUGCAGGAGGAUUUGCAGGCGACGUAAAUAUGAUGGCAAGGUGCACUACAAUCCAAAAGUCAGCUACAUGCCACCUCCUGCGUUUUCCUUAAACCUGGAAGCUGUAGAGAGCCUGAAGCAGAACCACAUGAACACUGGCCUGGAGAAUGGAUGGGCCCACAGGAGCAGCAGCCCUGCUGAAGCGAAGUCUGAACUGUGAUAGUGCCAUACUACAGUCCUCAAUUUUUCUAGUGAUAAUUAAUGGUGUCCUACACCAGAUGGCGCAAUGCAACUGUUGAGUGUGAUGAACUCCUUAAAAGUGCGGUCCAAUCAUGCAUGAAUGUCAGUUUUGAACAAAUUGUUGUAUUCAGAGGCUUUAUGAAUCAAGAACUUUCUGUUUUUUCUUAUUAUGUGUCUUUUCUUAUUGUAAUGUAUUUACUUUUCUAAGUAAACUGUGUCCAAAAGAUGUCA